AUGGAAUAUGUGACAUCUCUCAGCACACUUCGAAGAGUAGACUGCGGCAUGCUGGCGAAGAUGUUUGAGAGCCAAAUUCCUUCUGCCACCACCGAUGGUGCAUAUUUCAUUGACCGUGAUGGGGAUCUCUUUCGCUUCGUCCUCUCCUACUUGCGAGACGGAGCCGUGGAACUUCCUAGCUCCUUGCAGGAACUGCGCCGCUUAGAAAGGGAAGCCAACUUCUUCAUGCUUCCGGGCAUGCUGCACCUGAUUCGCUCGAAGAUGUCGGAGGUGCACCUGGAAGUGAGGCUUUUUGCAGAGCCCUUCGGUUGCACCGCAGAACAGUGUAGUUGCGGAUGCAACAGACUUGCGCAUCCCGACGCAUUCAGCGAUGACGAGUUGGAAGCAAUGGAAGAGGAGAGGGAUGAGUAUCUAGAUCACCCUACGCAGAGAAAGAAACCGGAGUUCAAAUCUCCGUUUGUAGUUGAGCGUGUUUGCCUCUGUGCUGUCGUGCCUCGAGAAUGCAAGGACCGGUUCGUGCGUGUAGUUACAUUCGGGGUAUCGACUGAACUUGAGCCGAAUUGCGCUGGUGACUAUUUCUUACGGGGGUCACUCAAUGAGCGACCUUUCUACAAGAACGAGGCGGGCCCCUUGAUGUUCUUCAGUGAUGGUUGCUGGAGAAUCAACUCUAAUGAGAACACUGGCUCCUGGCUCUUGUCUCCGUUGCAGGAUUCUGACUCAAAGAACCCUCCAACCGGCCUAUGGUGGGGCCCGGGGGCGGGACUGUGUUCCGUGGAAGGUGAAGAAGUCCGUCACGUGGAGGAGUCGAGCUUGAAACAGGCAUUGGAGGUGGUGAGGAAAGGAUUAAACGUGGAACGAGAUUGUCGCCUGUCUGUUGACGAAAUCGGCGAGAUUCUGGAAUCGCUGAAGCGAAUCUUUUCAGACUUUGUUCGGCAAUCCGAGCUUUCCUGCAGAAUUCUGCAUGCACAGGCAGGAAAAUACGACGUUGGACACGCCUACGACGAGAAAUUACAACACACGCAUUUUGCAACAUGUGUGAAGAUCGAGUGCCGAGCACUGCACUCUGCGUGA